CAUUGAAUCUUCAGUAUUGUUAUUACGAGAGCUGAUACAAAAGUAGAGGAAAUAAUGGCUCGACCAAAUUACAUCGUAGCAAUCAUUGUCAUUGCAUUAACGUGUGUUCUCGCAGAGGAAUUCUAUUCUAGUCGAUAUGACGAUAUCGAUGUCCACGCAAUUUUCAAUAGUACUAAAUUGCGAAACCAAUAUUAUAAUUGUUUUAUGGAUGUUUCACCGUGCAAAACAGCUGAUUCAAAAUUUUUUAAAGAGAUUUUUGGUGAAGCUGUACAAUCUGGCUGUAAGAAAUGUACUGAAAAGCAAAAACAAAAUAUGGAAUUUGUACUCGAUUGGUAUUUAAAUAAUGACCCCGUUAAACUACAAAAUUUCAUUGCAAAGAGUAUUGAGGAUUUACGAAAGAAAAACAGUAAAUCAUAAUUGCUGAUGAUAAAUGCUUAACGGACACAAAUAAUAAAU